GAGGAGAGGAAGCAGGCCAGAGAAGCAGACGCGUCUUUAGGGACCAGGCUGUGACCUUGACUUGACCUCACUCAUUCUCAGUCUCCUUAUUUGAAUAAGGACCGAAGUGCCAUGGCGGGGCGGCGGGGGGGUUCUUAGAUGAGGAGGCUCACAGUAGAUCUUUAAAAGCCGUCUUUAGUAAGACAGCCUCCACUCACACUCGGCACAGGGAUGGGGCGAAGGGCGCUGGCGUCCCAGGGAGCGAUGCCCGCCAAGCUUGAAGGUCCUUGGGGGACAGUUCUGAGAGACUCCGCUGCCUCCAGACGCGCGCUCCGCAGGUGGAGGCCCGCCGCUGUCCCCUCCCCGCUGGGUGUGUCCCCGGGCAGGUGCUAUUUGAAGGCGCCCGGAGCAGCGAGCAGGGGACAGCAUGGCCGCCCGCGACCCGCCGCCUGCCACCAGCUACGCGCCGCCGGACGUGCCCUCGGGGGUCGGCGUGCUCCUCACCAUCCCCUUCGCUUUCUUCGUGCCUGAGCUGGUAUUCGGGUUCUGGGUCUGGGUCCUGGUAGCUGCCACGCAGGUAGCAACCCCGUUGCUGCAGGGAUGGGUGAUGUACGUCUCCCUGACCUCCUUCCUCAUCUCACUGAUGUUCUUUUUGUCUUAUUUGCUUGGAUUUUACAAAAGAUUUGAGUCCUGGAGAGUGCUGGACAGCCUGUACCACGGGACCACAGGCAUCCUGUACAUGAGUGCCGCCGUCCUGCAAGCUCACGAAACCAUCAUGUCUGAGUCUGCGAACCUGAAAAACUACUACAUCAACACCGCAGCCACAUUCUUUGCCUUCAUCACCACCCUGCUCUACAUUCUGCACGCCUUCAGCAUCUACUACCACUGAAGCUUCCUGCCGCACCCAGUGAGAAACGCUCCUCGAAAGCCCGGG